GUUUUAUUCCUCGCCUGUCUCUGGAUAUGUACACUAUAACAAUGGUGCUGUCGUCCUGACAAGAGCCCUUUUUGAAGGCAGAAGAGGAUGGCAUUACCAAAGGCAGUACGAUACUUGAUUGUUCUUCUGGUUGUAUAUUACAGUCUGGAGAAUCUGGGGUACAGACAGUCUCUGACUGAAUUCUUCGGGGAACUGAUGGGUACAAAAGAGCCACACAUCCACUCCAGAGAAAAAAGACAGGCUGUCGCCAAUCCCUCCGAUUAUGUAAUUCAAGCUGUUGUGAAAACCUCAGAGCUGGACCUUCUCAGAUCUAUUUUGAGCUCACUCUCUUUACCUUUAGAGAUCAACGCCACUGUUCAGAUUACCAGCAUUAACACAACUACAGUGUGUUCACCAGUUCUGACCAACUACCAGUGUAGAUGUGAGGGGAGCUUUGCUUGGUCAUCGGACAUCUGCAGUAACUAUGGGGCCUGUGAUAACAUCACUGGUGACACCUGUGGUUGCGUUAAUUCCCUUCCACCUAAUGACCAGUACUGCCAGCCCAUCGCCACUCCACCAGUAAAAGUGACAACACCAUCGACUCCACCAACAACAACAUCAACUACACUAACACCAUCAAGUCCACCACCAACAACAUCAACUACACCAACACCACCAACUCCACCACCAGCACCAUCAACUCCACCACCAGCACCAUCAACUCCACCACCAACACCAUCAACUCCACCACCAACACCAUCAGCUACGCCACCAAAUGACUUCUUCGACACUGAUUUAGUCCUUGACUUGCGCAUCCCAGUCUCCAGCGUGCCAUCAAGUUUCCUUCAGAUAUUUCGGGAUUAUGUGAACAAUUAUCCCUUCCCCUAUGAAAUCACUCUGUCUUUAAAAGUAACCAGCUUAAAUUUGACCACAGCAUGCUAUCCAAACUCAAUGGGAGGCGUGCAGUGUCAGUGUGAGGAGCAGUUUACUUGGUCGUGUGACAAGUGUAACAUCUACAAUGCGUGCGGUAAUGCCACCGCACGUCCCUGUGGAUGCAUAAAUGGACUUCCUUCUGAUGGCGAGUUCUGUGAACCCAUCACAAGUAUCGCUUCAUGUUCAUCCCCAAUUCCUGUGACGACAACAGCCUUGCCAAAUACAACAGCAGCGAUGCCAAAUACAACAGCAGCGAUGCCAAAUACAACAGCAGCGAUGCCAAAUACAACAGCUGCGAUGCCAAAUACAACAGCAGCGAUGCCAAAUACAACAGCUGCGAUGCCAAAUACAACAACAGCUGUGCCAAGUACAACAACAGCGAUGCCAAAUACAACAGCAGCGAUGCCAAAUACAACAGCUGCGAUGCCAAAUACAACAACAGCUGUGCCAAGUACAACAACAGCGAUGCCAAAUACAACAGCAGCGAUGCCAAGUACAACAACAGCGAUGCCAAAUACAACAGCUGCAAUGCCAAAUACAACAACAGCUGUGCCAAGUACAACAACAGCUGCGAUGCCAAAUACAACAGCUGCGAUGCCAAAUACAACAACAGCGAUGCCAAAUACAACAGCUGCGAUGCCAAAUACAACAACAGCUGUGCCAAGUACAACAACAGCUGUGCCAAAUACAACAACAGCCGUGCCAAGUACAACAGCAGCAGUGCCAAAUACAACAACAAUGCCAGCUACACCAACAACAACAGUGCCAACUACUACAACAACAACAACAGUGCCAGCUACUACUACAACAACAACAACAGUGUCAACUACACCAAUCGGAAUGGACCUCUCACUUGCCAUGGACAUAGACUUUGAUUCGAAAUACAAUGACCCAAGCAGUGAAGUUUAUCAGGAUGUUAGUAAAGCUAUUCAAGAACAAUGUCAGAAGCACAUCCCAACCCUACAAUCAGUGAAGAUAACUACGUUCAGGAGUGGAAGCACCAUCGCUGACUACACUAUCACAGCUUCUGCAUUCAGAGAGGACCAAAUUAAAGCAGCAGAAACAGGGAUAUUUACAGACCUGGGACAAAAAUACCCCAUGAUAUUUGACAGCACAACACCCUUAAUGUUUCAACAACCUUUUUUUGGAGAAAGUGCGACUGUGACUUGUGGUCCUGUUCCAGCAAAUCUCAAUUUUAGUAACAUACUUACUGCAGAGUGGACGCGUGACGGCAAGUUAAUACUUCAAGAUAGUGAACACAAAUUUUCAGAAACCAAGGACACAGCAACUUUAACUGUGUUACGUUUCUUCAUAACUGACAAUGGAAAUUAUGAAUGCAAGCUGAAAGAGAAAUACAUUUUCAGACAGAAAUCCAACGGGCGGAUCUCUUUCAAAGAGAAACCCUCGAUCCAAGUAACACCACUGAGUAAGACGGUCUUAUGUGAGGUGGGAAAGACAGUGUCACUGCAGUGCUCUGUCAACGAACCCUACAAGGUUGAGUUUAAAGACACCUCUGCAGGCAGAGGUGAGACCAUCAACUAUGUGUAUCAGAUUACUGACUGUACAAACAAGGAAGUGAAGUUUACUUGUCAAGCUGUAAACUUUACUCAAUAUAAAGAGGAAAUAACACUGGAGUUACUGGAGCCCACUGCUAGAUUAGUAUGUCUCGAAAACAGUGUCUAUGGUGGUGGAAAUGCUAAUGACCAGGUUGUAGUUUCCUGCAAAUCAAACGAAGAAGGAGAAAAGACGGCAGUUUGUAGGGAGACUGGCGAAUGGGAAAUUAUAGAAGACAACUGCGUCCUACGACCGAUUAAGGAGCUGCUUGAUCAGUCUGAGUUCUUAAAUGCAAAUACACUGCCGGGAUUCUUGGUCCAGCUCAGGAAUGUCACUCUCACAUUCACUGCGGAAGUGGCUCAAUCUCCUGCCAACAUUAAUGCCACUGUUGUAAUACUCAACAAUGUGGCAAAUGUAGCAUCCUCAGCACACAUCCCCAUAGGUCAGACUUCAAUGGAGGACAUCCUAUUAACUGCAGGCUCCCUCACCACAGAUGGUGCAAAGGGGUCAUGGGACACUCUAAACAGCAAUUCCACUACAAACGGCUUAGCAACAAGAAGUGUUGCCCCCAAACCGGAAAGGGUCAGCUCAUUGUUUUUGCUGUCUCUUGAGACAGUAACAAGUAACCUUAACAAUGAGUCCUUUAACAUUGAGACACCUUCUAUUCUCUUGAACAAAACUACAUUCACAGACUCUUUCAAUGCCAACUUUAAUUCUUCAGUGGAGAUAGACAUACCGGAGGCUGAUGGAGGAAGCAAGUCAAUCACUGUGAUGACGUUCUCCUCAAUAGAUAACGUACUCCCUGCAAGAGACGAAAACAAUUCAACCCUCACUGUCAUCAAUGGGAGAGUCGUACUUGUUCAGUCCAGCGGCACCGUCAAUAAUAUUUCCUUUACAUUUGAUAUUAUCAACAACACUCUGGAAAACCCUCAGUGUGUCUUCUGGAACUUCAGCCUCUUUGACGGUCUUGGAGGAUGGGACAAUGAGGGCUGCGAGCUGAUAUUCAAUGUAAAUGAAACCGUCACCUGCAACUGCAACCAUCUGACCUCAUUCUCUAUCCUUAUGUCCCCCUACAGUCCAGAUGACCCUGUGUUGGACUACAUAACCUACAUUGGAGUUGGCAUAUCCAUGGCCUCCUUGGUUAUAUGUCUCAUCAUUGAGGGUGUCAUAUGGGGAAAAAUAAGAAAGAACAACACGUCUUACCUGCGUCAUGUUUCCAUUGUUAACAUCGCUGUGUCUCUCCUCAUUGCAAACAUUUGGUUUAUUAUUGGGGCAGCCAUCUCAGAUCCAAAGAUGAAAAACCCACCAGCAUGCACUGCAGCCACCUUUUUCAUCCAUUUUUUCUACCUAGCCCUGUUUUUCUGGAUGUUAGCCUCAGCUCUGCUGUUGCUUUACCGCACAGUCAGUGUCUUUGAUGGGGGUUUGUCUAAAAAGUCUAUGCUGGCCAUUGGAUUCUCUCUAGGUUAUGGGGCACCUCUCAUCAUCGCAAUCAUAACCAUAGCUGUAACUGCACCCAAAGAUGAAUAUACCCGAGGAACUGGAGUCUGCUGGCUCAACUGGUAUGAGUCCAAAGCUCUACUGGCAUUUGUGAUCCCUGCACUGGUUAUAGUGCUGAUAAACCUCAUCAUCCUGUUUGUGGUGAUAUACAAAAUGUUGAGGAGAAGGGCAGUGGUAGAUGCUGCACAAGCAGCUGAGAGGCACGUCCUAGUGGUUAUUGCCCGGAGUUUGGCUGUCCUCACACCAUUUUUUGGAUUAACCUGGGGUCUGGGAGUCGGAACAAUGACCAGCCCGUACAACAGAGGGAUCCAUAUUUCUUUUGCAUUCUUCAACUCACUGCAGGGUUUCUUCAUAUUGGUGUUUGGAACGCUGUUGGACAAAAAGGUCCGGUCAGAAAUAGCAAUACAGUCACAAACAUCCAGUGGGACAAGGAGCACCAGUGCUGGAACAUCAUCAACAAGUGGACUGGGCUUUUUGCGAAACUGGAGAAGAGGAAGGGAUGGUUACAACAUGUCAUCUAAUGAAUCUGGUGCAUCUCACUCUUUCGUCAACACUUGAUGAUCUAUGCAGGCAACUUUGGUCAGUCCAUACCGGCACAUCAAAAUGAAAUAGCAGUGGCUUGUUAUUUAAUACCUAAUGUCUUGUAAACAUGAAUAUAAAUUUAACAAACCUUUAAAUAAAACUGUGUGUGUGUGUUAAAGUACUCAGCAUCAAAGACGAUGCGUAGAUGCAAAAUGGCUCUUGUUUUGUUUUGCCAAUCAAAUCAGUAACUCGAGGUAAGCCUGUCUUACACACAUCAGUGAACUGGUUUAUUCAAGAGGUGGCAUCACAAUGUCAGAUUGUCUUAGACAGGACCAUCAGGCAAAUCUCAUUGUGAAUGGAAGUUACUCAGAGAAUAUAUACAGAGUUUUUUCAUCAGGAACAAAUCUCCCUGAAACACUCUGUUGCUUAUGUCGCUGUCUUUCUUUAGUAAAGCUCCAUCAUACUGUUAAAAUGUUUUCAUUUGUGUUUCAGAAAUAGCUGAUUUCUUAAAUACUGAAAUUUCAGAUGUAAAACCAGUAUUUAGUGUUAAAUGUACUGUUUCCCUUCUUGAUUAAAGAUAGUUUUUAUAGCUUUGGAAUGAAAAACAAAGCAGCACAGAGAAAGUAACAAAUAAGAUCAUUGAGAGUCGCACACUCAGUAAAAUAAGUCCGAGUCCUGCCUUCCAGGCUACAGCAGGCUAAAGUAAAUAUCAAACUGACCUGACAUUAUUAUGUUAUCAUUAUUCCUAUUACGUUAUUACUGUCUUAUUAUUAUAUCACAUGUGGAGAAGAUGUUCAACACACAAAAUGCUUCUUUGGUUAUUUUCUGUCUAUUUGAUGUAACAUCUUCAUUUUAUUCUGCUGUAAAAAAUAUUUUUUUUGUAUGAUAUGUGCUGCAGCUACAAUAUUUUUCUAUUUGUUAUGGUUCAAAAAUAUUUUUUUAAAUUUGUAACAGAGCAUAUUUAACACUUGUAUAAAUUAUGUGUUUGCAAUGAAUGAAAAAUUAUUAUUAUUAUUAUUAUAUUAUUAUUAAACUCUGCAUUCAAUUAAACUCUCUAACCUUGUAAGCAGGUUCCCGCUCAUCCACCACCACAUUCUUUUGCAAUCUUGAAAAAAUGUUUAUCUGCCUCACAGGUUUGUGCUUUCAAACAUGAUCAGUAUGUAGGUGUAGUUGUGAUCUCUGUGAGGCUGUAUUAGUUGUAGCAAAUAACUGAAGGUGUAUGAAUAUGUCAUUUUUUUUUAAACUGAAAAAUGUAGCAGUAGGAAGUGGAAAAUAAAUACACAUUAAUAAUCAAUUUGUUAAUCAAAAUAGACCUGCGUAGGACCUGGAACAAGGCACAGUUUGGCAUUCUCCAGCAGAUAAAAAUACAUUUUCAUCAUACUUUUACUAUCUCAAGCAAACCAGUUUGAUUUAACAAACUAGUUUAGCAACAACAUACUGACUGUAACUGUCCUUUUUAGCAUGUGGUCAUGUUUGUGUUGUUUGUCUUUGUAAGCCUGUGGAGUGAUUUGCAUAGCCUGGUAUUGUACCAUUUCCCAACAGCACUAGUGGGUGGACAAUGCAGAACAUUACUGUAUAUUCUACUGCACUAAUAUAGCCACAAAAUCUUGGCCUGCAUGUCGCCUAAUGGGCCACGAUAUUGUUUAAGAGAUGCCACCGUUAAAUGGGGAGUUUUAUUACUGCUUUAUUGAACAAUUCACAGUAAAAUAAAUACAGUAAACUGCUAACUAAAAAAGUGCAGGCCUUCCUACAGACAAAACUGCCUGUGGCAGAGUCCAGAGUCUACAAGGACCAAUAGAUCAUCUUUGUUGCUAUGCAAAUAAUCAACGUGUUAGUUUGCAAACCAAAAGUGAAGAACAGAAAUAUAAAAAAAUAAGUAAGAGGCAGUUGAUGAUUGCUCUGUUUGCAGCACUAUUCCAAAUUGAAUUCACCAUCUCCUCUGAGCUUAACUGCCCUCUGUACACUUUCCUCAGUCUGACCUUGACUGAAUGUGUUGCAUGACUUAAGAUGAGACAUUUAAAUGAGCAGAGAAGCCAUGAGAAAAUGCAAAGAGCAGAGCUCACAGGGGAUUUUUUUUUUUUGUUCUUUUGUGUGUUUGGUUUUUGUUUGUGUGUUUGUUCCCCUAGAGUAGGAAGUGGUUAAUAUUUGUUCUGUGGAAUACACAAACCACAGUGGUCAGUACUAAUUUUAUGUCCUAUUAUUUUUCAAGAUUGAGAGAGUGGACUCUUAAAGGACUCUUAUCGCAGGUCCUUCCUUCCUGCUGCUGUUAGACUGUACAACCAGCUGUGCUGAGCAAACCACAUGCGCACAAAACCACAUGCGCACACACACUCAUUCCUGGACUUAAAUUUGGUGCAAUAUGUAUAGCCUUUCUUCUUUUUCCCAUACUGCUCAAACAGUGCACAUGGUCACUUUGGUCAUUCUGUUUAUAGUAUUUAUUAUUAUUUUCCUCUAAUAAGUCCAUUUUUCUUGGAGUCUGUAUAUUUUUUGGAUCUUAUCUGUAUAUUCUGAGAGCCUGUACCUUAUUGUAUCUUCUCUUUGCUGCUGUAAUGGUGUAAUUCCCCCCUUGCGCGACUAUUAAAGGUUUAUCUUAUCUUAUGU